CUUUUAUUCUUAUACUGGCUUUCCACUCUUUAACAAAUAUUCUACUUCUUUUCUCCAACCAGUCGCAAUAUGCCAGUCGACAUCUCCCCAGUUUCCGGCCAAACUAUCUGUGUCACGGGCUCCGGUGGCUUCAUAGCUUCGUGGAUGGUUAAGCUCCUCCUCGAAAGAGGUUACAAUGUGAAAGGAACAGUCAGAAAUCCGGAUGAUCCGAAGAAUAGCCAUUUGAGGGAGCUUGAAGGAGCGAAGGAAAGAUUGACUUUAUGCAAAGCUGAUCUUCUUGAUUUUCAGAGUCUUAAAGAAGCCAUUAAUGGAUGUGAUGGAGUUUUCCAUACUGCUUCGCCCGUGACAGACGAUCCUGAACAAAUGGUGGAGCCGGCGGUAAUUGGAACAAAGAAUGUGAUUGUUGCGGCGGCAGAGGCCAAAGUCCGGCGUGUGGUGUUCACGUCGUCGAUUGGCGCAGUGUACAUGGACCCCAAUCGGAGCCCCGAUGUUGUGGUUGACGAGUCUUGCUGGAGCGACCUCGAGUUCUGCAAGAACACAAAGAACUGGUAUUGCUAUGGAAAAGCGGUGGCGGAGCAGGCGGCGUGGGAGGAGGCGAAGGAGAAAGGUGUGGACCUGGUGGUGGUGAACCCGGUUCUAGUGCUAGGACCACUGUUGCAGUCAACCAUAAACGCUAGCAUUAUUCACAUCUUGAAGUAUUUAACAGGCUCUGCAAAGACUUAUGCUAAUUCUGUUCAAGCAUAUGUGCACGUUAGGGAUGUGGCACUUGCCCACAUCCUUGUUUACGAGAAUCCCUCCGCCUCCGGCCGAUACCUCUGCGCCGAAAGUGUGCUCCACCGUGGCGAGGUGGUGGAGAUUCUUGCAAAGUUCUUCCCUGAAUAUCCCAUCCCCACCAAGUGUUCAGAUGACAAUAACCCAAGAGCAAAACCCUACAAGUUUUCAAACCAAAAGCUCAAGGACUUGGGGAUGGAGUUUACACCGGUGAAGCAGUGCCUAUACGACACCGUUAAGAGCCUGCAAGAGAAGGGUCAUCUUCCUAUUCCUACACAGCAAGAAGAUAACUCGCUUAGAAUUCAGUCUUAAUGUAUAAUUAAAAGUGAUUUUGGAGUUGCAUUGCCCCUAUUGUGAGUUGAUAUAAAAAUUGUAUCACUAAGAUCAAGGUGUCUUGCCUUUGUAUCAAUUUCUCCUCUAAUGGGAUUAAAUAAUUUUAGUUUAUAAUGAUAUAAUCCCACUAGUUUAAAUUAUUAAUGUAAAUCCCCUUUUUUUUCA